AUGGACUAUAGGAGGAAUCGCGAAGAUGAGUUAAAGGGAAUAUGGCAAUCAUGGGACAAGGCUAAGAAAACAUGCUUCUGGGACAAGUACAGCGAUGUGGCACAACUUCUAUUUGUUAAACUGGAUGAUGCCCUGUUGAAGGCCAUGGUACGUUUUUGGGAUCCCACUUAUAAGCGUUUUACAUUCAAUGAAGUGGAUAUGGUACCGAAUAUUGAAGAACAUUCUACCAUUCUCCACUAUGAAUUUCGAGAUCCGCUCAGGAUAUAUUGGAAGCAGAAUGUCGAUUUUGGGGGACCCUUAGCCAAUCUGAUGGGAUUACCUGUAGAUACUAUGGAAGAAAGAUUAAAAAAUAAAAAUGGUCCUUGCAUUUCUUGGUCUGACAUUAGGGAUGCUAUGGGAAAGGCUAGCGGUGAUAGACAUUUGACACAGUUCAUGGUUACCGUAUGCGGGUUGAUUGUGUUCCCAAAAGCUCUAGGAUAUGUGAGCGUGGAGCUAGCUAAUUUUCUGUUUCAGAUUGAAAAUUGGGUGAAUCCUGCUCCAACAGUCUUAGCUAAAACCUUUAUUUCACUCAUUUUCAUCAGAAGGAAAGGAGAAGGGUGUUUCUUAGUAUGUGCGCAGUUGUUCGUAUGGGUGAAAGGCCAUUUUAGGUUCCACUAUAAGCGUUUUUGUCAGGUGUUUGUUCAUUUGACUAGGCCUAUAAAGGAAUUUUUGGAAAGUGACUGGCCUCCAAAUCAAUUGAUUGAGGAGUGGGUUCAGAACCUUAGUACAUUGACAUACCAAGAAAUAGAAUGGAAGGCUCUAUGGAUAAUUCGAAGCAUGGUACUCAUAGGGUGCGGUGGUCAAUUGUGGGUUCCCUUAAUUGACAUAUGA